UGGCGAACCAGGACGCUUCGCCACUGCUUCAUCGGUGGUCCCCGCAGAGGAAAAAUCACACGUCCGAGCGAUGCCGAGUAAUUACUCUGCGACGGCGCGAUGCUGGCGCCGCGCCACGACCGCGGCGCCCUCGCGCACGGCGCCCGCCCUCCGGCGCGGGGAGGCUCCGCCAGCCACGGGCGCGCGCGUGCGCGAGGCCUCGUCGGUCGUUGGGGGCGGGCGGGAGUGCACGCCCGCGGCUCUCCGCGGAGGCCCCUACAGCCCCGACGCGGCGCGUGAGACUGGACUGCCACGGUAACGCUUCCCCCGCCUGCAUGCAUAGUCCGGAGAGAUCUCGCGAAGCGGCUCCCAUCCUCGGCGGGCGGCAGACCGCGGUGCUCGCCCGCAGCUCUGGCCGAGGCUGCGUUACGAAAAUUCCAAGGGGGGCCCGCCCUGCCAGCGCCGCACGCGCGCGCGGUGACGCUGCCAAGAGGCCCUGGUGGCUCGCUCUGCCAGCGAAAAUCUCGAGGAAGCAGCGCAACGGUGCUUGCUGCGCCUUUCUGUACAGGUCGGGCCAGGGCGCUUGACAAGAGGCGAUGGAGAGGGCGAGAACGGAGAGAGCCAGAUGACAGCGAGGGAGAGAGCAGGGAGAGAUAGGGACGAGCAGACAAGCUCACUUUCAGUCCCUCUGUUCAAUACAUUGCGUAGAGAGGCGUGCCUUGAAACAUACACUGUCUAUCGCGAUGCUGCGUCCGUUUGAAAGGGCGACAACCUAGUAGCAAUACAAUCGACCUCGACGUCCAGAAAUGCGGACUCGAGGGCAAAGCGCAAAGGCCGCGAGGCGUCGUACAACGUUCAAAGCUGGGCCCGUCGGCCCCUACGAGGCGCCCGACGACGAGGACCGGGCUCCUCCUCACAGCGGCAACACUGCAACUCCUCUUGAAGCUGCAGGUAUUCAGCGGAUCGCGUCGCUUCC